AUGUCGGACUCGGAUACAGAGCUUCUUAUCGACCAUGAUGUAAAUGGAAACGGAGCCCUCGGAGAGGCUCCUUCAACGCAGAGAACACUAAACACCUUCUUCGGCGUCAUCGUGCCAUGCUGCUUGUCCAUGUUUUCCGUCGUGCUCUUUCUGCGAAUGGGCUUCAUUAUUGGCCAAGCAGGACUCAUUCAAGCAUUGAUUAUGCUCGUAAUUGCAUUUAUAAUCAUUGCGUUGACGGUGACGUCUGUUUGUGCCAUUUCAACAAAUGGAGCUGUAGAAGCAGGAGGCGCUUAUUUUAUGAUCAGUAGAGCUCUUGGACCGGAAAUGGGCGCAUCAAUUGGUCUGAUGUUUUAUCUGGCUAAUGCUGCCGCUGUUGCCAUGUACAUUUUCGGUAUGUGCGAAACGAUCAUUGACGAUUUCGGCCCGGGUGGCCAACUCCUUCCAAGCAUCAACAGUACUGGAAUUCCAACUAGCCAAUGGAUCGAAUAUGGCUACGGAACUGCCUUGCUCUUUCUUGUUGCUGUCAUUUGCCUUGUGGGAGCCGACAUUUAUGCAAAAGCCGUAUUUGGCAUCUUCAUCGUCGUUGGAAGCGCAAUCAUUUGCGUUAUCGUCUCGUUCUUCGUAGAAAAGGAGAUGCAAGUUCCUGUUGUCAAUCCUGACUGGCCAAAUAGAACGGAGCUUUAUACUGGCUUCAGCUCGCAAACGUUCCAUGCUAACUUGUACUCAAAUUACACAAUUGAUUAUAAACAUCAUGACAAGGGUCUCUACUCAUUUUCCGAAAUCUUCGCGCUUCUUUUCUGCUACAAGCAUACCUGCCUCACUGCCAUCACCCACAUUCUUGAACGAACAGCUCAAGGAGAGCUGAAAAAUCCCUCCAAAUCGAUUCCUGUCGGCACCAUUGCCGCCUGCUCCAUCGUAUGUUUUACCUACAUUCUCCUGAUGAUGUUCAUCGCCGCUACUUGCCCGAAAGCGUUGCUCAACAAUAACUACACUUUUCUUCAAGCCAUUAACUUCUGGCCACCGAUCGUCUUUAUCGGCAUUUUCUUUUCUUCCUUUUCCGCUGCCCUGUCAUCACUGAUCGGCGCUUCACGCGUUCUUCAUGCAAUGGCCAAAGAUGGCAUGUUCGGACCGGCUCUUCGCCUUGUGAAAAUGACCAACAGCAAAGGGAAUCCAUACGUAGCAGUUGUUAUGACAUGGUUCCUCAUCCAAGUCGUCCUUCUCAUCGGAAAGCUUAACGCAAUUGCUCCCCUCGUUACUAUUUUCUUCCUUCUUGCGUAUACUGCUUGUGAUUUAGCUUGCCUCGGAUUGGACUGGGCUUCAGCACCCAACUUUCGCCCAACAUUCAAGUACUUUUCCUGGCAUACCGCUCUCCUCGGCGUUAUUUCGACUAUGGCCGUUAUGUUCCUCGUCAACUACAUCUGGGCGUUGGCAGCGAUGGCUAUCAUGAUCAUUUUGAGUGCAAUUAGCCAUUACACCGCUCCUCAAGUCGCUUGGGGCUCGAUAUCCCAGGCUCUUAUUUUUCAUCAAGUUCGUAAAUACGCGCUGAAAAUGAAUGUCCAAGAUUCAUCAAUUGACUCCUGGCGCCCUGGCAUACUCUAUCUCGUCAGAGACAUAACCGCUUCAGUCGAAGGCCUUCUCUUUGUGAAUGACUUGAAGAAAUCAGGUCUCCUUGUGCUAGGUCACGUGAAUCUCGGAAGUAUAGACGAGGAGGACAUGGAAAGCUCGAAGAGGAAGCUCAACGCCUGGUACGAUUUCGUCAAAAGAAUCAAGUCAAGGCGUUUGUCGAGCAUACAACUUGCCCAGACCUACGACUGGGUGCCGAACAGCUUCUGCGACUAUCCGGCCUGGGCGGGAUGA